GUGACAAGGACAAUGGCGGCGGCAGAAGCGUCGACCAAGGCGGCACUCCGGGGCUGGUGCCGCGAUGCUGAGGUGAAAUGGCGAAUAAGUGAUGGAACAAGUGUAAAGGAAGGAGACGUUGUCGCAGACCUCAUUGCCCUGGACAAAUCGAAGUCCACACCUGUGUGGUCCCCAGAAUUUGGUGUCGUACACAUACAUGCCACACCAACGAAUGAAGCGUCCGACGGGUCACAGGAAAUUGGAUGGGUGGACAUCUGCCAACAUGACGUCCUUACAGCGAAUCGUUCGAUGUGCCAAAUUUGUCUACGACGCUUCGAGGAUGGAAGCGCCAACCAGACCGUCAAAGUUAUUAUGAACGACGGCAUGGCGAUGCAAGUGAGCCACAGUCAAGCCAAGAAACUCGACAGUGACAACAUUACGCGAAUGUUAAAGUCCGCAAAGCUGACACUCGUCCUGGAUCUUGACCACACGUUAUUGCAUGCCGUGCGACUUGAAGACGUCGUCGACUCCAUCGACUCCUAUGAUGACGUCUUGCACUUUGAGAUCCCGGGCAUCCCAACUCCGCAUGUGCUCAAGUUGCGCCCAGGGCUGGCAACGUUCCUCGCAAAUUUGUCCGCGAUGUACGAACUGUGCAUUUACACGCACGGGACGCGAAAAUACGCCGAGAAGAUUGCCGACAUCAUCGACCCGACUCGGAAGCUCUUCAAUGGACGCAUCAUCUCCCGGUCUGACACGCCGGACAUUGGACACAAAGAUCUCAAGUUUCUUUUUCCUUCCUGCGAUGACUCCAUGAUAAUUAUCCUGGACGACCGCGUCGACGUGUGGAGGAAAAACUACGAAAAUGUGUUCAUCAUAGAAGCUUUCCACUUUUUCAACACCCGCGCCGAACUCAACAAUGCGUCGGGGGGAAAGGACAGCGCGGGCGGCAUCCGCAUCCUGCCCAAGGGCGACACGCAUCUCGAGAAAACGUUUCGUGUUCUGCAGGCGGCCCACGCGCGUUUUUACCAAGCCGGAGCCGACGAAGAGGCGCAACUUCGAAACCAAGGGCGUAGCGUCAAAAGGAUUCUGUAUGAGCUCCGCCACGAAGUUCUGAGAGGCGUCAAUAUUGUGUUUAGCGGAGUUAUCCGCUUGGACAAGCCGCCGGAAGUAGACUACUUGUGGAAGCUCGCGCUGUCGUUCGGAGCAAAACCGAGCAUGACGAUGGAUAAUUUUCCCAUCACUCACUUGAUCAUCGACCCUCGCCGACUCGGAUCAAAGAAACACGUCGAAGCGGUUGAAAUGAAAAAUGUCGUCGUGGUAAAUCCGCAAUGGCUGGUGGACUCGGCGUCCGAGUGGUCGAAGCAAGACGAAGCAAAAUAUGCAGUCAAAUUUAUUCUGACGUCGGCGCAACAAGACCGAGAGGCAGCUGAAGGCGCUUCCAAAGCAGGAGACGACGGUGUAGGAAACGAAGAAGCAGGUCAAGACGCGGAGGCUACGACUUCGAGUCGCAAGGGUGGAGAAGUAGUGGUACCAUCGAGUUCAGAUCGGCCAGAAGGCACGGAGGACCCUGCUGCGACACAGGAAUCCGACAAAGGUGGCGCUUCUAGUGAAAUCGCUACGUUUUACGAUGAGAUCGACCACAAUAUCGAAGAUGCAGAGGCGCUCAAGUCACAGAAUACAGAAGCUACGAUUCCUUCACCAGAAGAUGUUUCACCCCAGCCCCAGUCCGUGGUAUUUUCAUGUUGCCAAAAGAGCUCAACGUUGAGUAAGAGACUGUUGUAGGUCAAAGGCAUCUUGUCUGCACCGGAAACAAUCGGUCAAAAGCCGAAAAAGAGCGUUCGAUUCACUCCAGACGUCAAGGAACCCACGGUGCAGUUCCAAAACCUUCCAAUGAGGCACCGAGUGAUGCAUCGAAAGGGGCCGCUUCCGGCGAGGGUGACACCUGCAGGUGUUGUCGAAAGUGGCGGGUCGUUUGAGUUUGUCCAAAGAAUUGCAAAGCUCAAAGCCAAGGCGUCGCCGGCCGCUGCACUGCCCAAGUUUAAUCGUGUGGCCAUUCCAGCCCAAGUACCGAUUGCUGCUCGCACAAAAAAGGAAGAGAGCGUCGAUGACAUCAUGGACAAAUGGGCCAACAUGGAAGAUGAAGAAGAAGUCCAACAACCGAAGCGAAAAUCUGCACUCUUCCAAGAAAAACAUGCAGAAGCUGCUAAGAGAGCCAAGAGGCAGCUCAAGGAGGAGGCCGCCCCACCCCCUGCAGCGGACGACGCAGACGAUGACGAGGGCGUGGUGAGUGGACUCAUCCUGUGGAUCGAACCUGAUGGACAGUCCCCCUCUGUAGGAUGACUUGGAUGAUGAGCUUUUCAACGAUGAUACGAAGUAGGUUAGAUCCGUCGAUGUCAACGAGUGUGACUAGAAAAUUCGAAAGCCAUUUUCCGUUGCAGA